GUGCGUGCAUUGGGCGCGCGCGCGGGGAAAGAAGGGUGUGGCGUGCACCCAGCCGCGCCGGGUGGCUGCCAUGUCUGUGGCGCAGCGCGUCUCGGAAGAGAUGGACGUGGCUAUUGGCCAGGAGGUGGGCUACUCCAUCCGGUUCGAGGACUGCUCCUGCCCGAAAACGCUGCUCAAGUACAUGACGGACGGCAUGUUGCUGCGCGAGGCCAUGUCCGACCCCAUGCUGGAGAACUAUCAGGUGCUGUUGCUGGACGAGGCUCACGAGCGCACGCUGGCCACCGACAUCCUGAUGGGCGUCAUCAAGGAGGUGAUCAAGCAGCGACCCGACCUCAAGAUCGUCAUCAUGUCUGCCACGCUCGACGCCGGCAAGUUCCAGCAGUAUUUUGACGGCGCGCCGCUGAUGAACGUGCCCGGCCGCACUCACCCGGUGGAGAUCUUCUACACACCGGAGCCGGAGCGCGACUACCUGGAGGCGGCCAUCCGCACUGUCGUGCAGAUCCACAUGUGCGAGGAGGUCGAGGGCGACAUGUUGCUGUUCCUCACCGGGCAGGAGGAGAUCGAGGAGGCGUGCAAGCGGCUGAAGCGCGAGAUCGACAACGUGGGCCCGGAGAUUGGCGAGCUCAAGUGUAUCCCGCUGUACUCGACGCUGCCGCCGGCGCUGCAGCAGCGCAUCUUCGAGCCGGCGCCGGCCAACCGACCCAACGGCGCCGUCGGCAGGAAGGUGGUCGUGUCCACGAACAUCGCCGAGACGUCGCUGACCAUCGACGGCGUCGUGUUCGUGAUCGACCCGGGCUUCUCCAAGCAGAAGGUGUACAACCCCCGCAUCCGCGUCGAGUCGCUGCUGGUGUCGCCUAUCAGCAAGGCGUCGGCUCAGCAGCGGGCUGGUCGCGCCGGACGCACCAAGCCGGGCAAGUGUUUCCGACUGUACACGGAGAAAGCGUUCAAGUCGGAGAUGCAGGACAACACGUACCCGGAGAUCCUGCGCUCCAACCUGGGCACGGUGGUGCUGCAGCUGAAGAAGCUCGGCAUUGACGACCUGGUGCACUUUGACUUCAUGGACCCGCCGGCGCCCGAGACGCUGAUGCGCGCGCUCGAGCUGCUCAACUACCUGGCGGCGCUGGAUGACUCGGGCAACCUGACCGAUCUGGGUGCCAUCAUGGCCGAGUUUCCGCUGGACCCCCAACUGGCUAAGAUGCUGAUCGCCUCCACGGACUACAACUGCAGCAACGAGAUUCUCAGCAUCACGGCGAUGCUGUCAGUCCCACAGUGUUUCGUGCGGCCCAACGACGCGCGGAAGGCUGCGGACGAGUCCAAGAUGCGCUUCGCCCACAUUGACGGCGAUCAUCUGACGCUGCUCAACGUCUACCACGCCUUCAAGCAGAACAUGGAGGACCCGCACUGGUGCCACGACAAUUUCGUCAACUAUCGUUCCCUGAAGUCGGCCGACAACGUGCGUCAGCAGCUGUCACGCAUCAUGGACCGCUUCAACAUGCCCAGGAGGUCCACCGACUUCACCUCGCGCGACUACUACAUCAACAUCCGCAAGGCCCUCGUCUCAGGGUUUUUCAUGCAGGUGGCGCAUCUGGAGCGGACUGGACACUACCUGACCUGCAAGGACAACCAGGUGGUGCAGCUCCAUCCGUCCACCUGCCUCGACCACAAACCCGAGUGGGUCCUCUACAACGAGUUCGUGCUCACCACCAAAAACUACAUUCGCACCGUGACCGACAUCAAAGCGGAAUGGCUGGUGAAAAUCGCGCCGCAGUACUACGAGAUGAGCAACUUCCCGCAAUGCGAGGCCAAACGCCAGUUGGAGCUGCUCAUAGCGAAGCUGGAGUCGAAGCAGUUCCGCGACGGCUUCUAGGUGUUUUGCGGCUGCUAGCCAGCAGAGCGGCGCGGGCGGCGAUCGCCGCGGACACCGCUGCCUCCGGCGGGCUCCUCUGCCCGUGCUCUCCUGAGGUGGCUACUUCCGCGUUCAGAACGGUGUGCCGAGAGGCUCCGCUAGAUUAGCUGAUCCGAAAAUGCGGGCCGCACCUGUCUAGUUCUGUCUCGAUCGGAAUGUCCAGCAGUCGUGCGGAUAGGUUUCUGGAUUCAUCGCCGCGGUCUCGACUAUGUUCGCGUGGUGCUGACCGGUUUCAUUUGCUAGCCACUGUGCUUACAUACACCCAUAGUUGGAGCGGCGCCUUGACCAGUUGGCUGUUCCACCCGGUCGCGCCGCGACUCCGUACCUCGAUGGCGCACCGGCCGUGAGUCGGUGCGGACGUGCUGCACUCGGCAUGGCGUCACGGCGUGCGUCCCCGUCCGCGAGCCGGUGUACGGGAGCACUGUCGGCCAGCACCCCUGCUCUGUCGCCUGGAUCUUGUGGGCUGGCUGGCGUUAUUUUAAUCAGUUCAUUCACGCGCAUUGGUGCGGCGCCGCGGCAACCGAGGGGUCUGUGGGCUUCAUUCUCAUUCGUUCCGGCGUCAGCAGUCCUGCUUCAGCGGUGACCGCUCGGACGCGCGCUGUGCGCGAGAGCGGCAAUCUCGCACGGGACUGUGUUGGAGGCGGCAGGAAGGUCGAGUCGCGAGUCAACGCCCGCCCUCCCCGCGCGCGCGGUGCGUUUGAUACGGUGUGUUGCUGGACGCUGUUGUAUGGAACAGCUGCGAGUCGGGAGGGAUUGGGUGGUCGACUCGGCGAAUAUAUCAUCCGUGAUCGGACAAAGGCC